GUCUUCUGGUAUCCAAACUAUCCAACCCACCCAACGCACCCAACCCCUAAAGCAUUUACUCUUACCUACAGUGCAUAUACUAGAUAGAAGAGAUUAGCUUCAAACAGAAAAGAAAACAAAAAAAGGUCAAACUGAAAAGGUCCCAUCAAUGGGACUCUUUGUGGUGGGUUGAUCUGAGAGAGCCGUGCUCUGCUUGGUUCCUGCCUGGAUGUGAAGCAAAAUGGGCGAAACCAAAGUGAUCUACCACAUUGAUGAAGAAGACACACCCUACCUGGUCAAACUACAAAUGAGCCCUAAAGAGGUGACCUUAGCCGACCUCAAGCAAGUCCUGAACAAGCCCAACUACAAGUACUUUUUCAAAUCUCAAGAUGAUGACUUUGGAGUGGUCAAGGAGGAAAUCGCAUUGGACUCCUCCGGCUUGCCUUUGUUCAACGGAAGAGUGGUCUGUUGGCUUGAAUUGGCCCAAGGAUCGACCGUGGGAUCCAAUGGAGGAGGUCAAGAAGGAGGAGGAGGAGGAGGAGGAGGUCAUCACAGUGAGACCGAUAGCUCCAUUUCCGGUCUGCCACCGCCUGGAAUCGAACGUGGACCCGGGGUCGGUGAAACCCGACCACCGUCCUUCCAUGGCGGGAUCCUGGCCCCGGAGGACUUGACCGAGUCCGAAUCGAUCCUAUCCACCCGACAAGAAACGGACGAUCUCUUUGAUGACACAGAAUCCUCAAUAACAUCCGUGAGCCAGGCAGCAGCUGACCGUAGACGCCAUGACAUUGGACGCCGAAUGAGAACGAGCGGUCCUUCUUCGCGACGUCCUCGUUUGCCCGGACCUGGGAUUCCUCGACCGGGACAACGACCUCCACCCAUGCCGGAUACGGCUUCUUCCAUGAUGUCCUCGGAGUUGGAGUCUUCCAUCUACGAGGACACGGAGGAUGCCCAAUCCAUGGCCUCGUCCAGGUUCACAACGUCCACCGAUCACACUUCGGUGUCUCAACAAAUGCUUCGCAAUCGACAGAAACGCCGUUCCAAGCGUCGUGUUCCCGCUCAUUUGGCACGGGCUGGAUCCAUAUCCAGUGUCACGGACUCGACCAUGUCCUUGAAUUGUAUCACGGUUACCUUAAAUAUGGACACGGUCAAUUUCCUGGGCAUUUCGAUUGUGGGGCAGAGCAAUAAAUUUGGCGACGGGGACUGUGGGAUCUACGUGGGCUCGAUCAUGAAAGGUGGAGCCGUGGCCUUGGAUGGCAGGAUCGAACCCGGAGAUAUGAUUCUUCAAGUCAACGAGAUCAGCUUUGAGAACAUGUCCAACGACGACGCCGUUCGGGUCCUUCGAGAAGUGGUCCAAAAACCUGGACCUAUUAAAUUGGUUGUGGCCAAAUGUUGGGAUCCCGCUCCUUCCAAGAACUAUUUUACCAUCCCGAGAACGGAACCCGUGAGACCCAUCGAUCCUGGAGCGUGGGUCGCGCACACGGCAGCAGUUAGAGGCAAUUUGCUCCCUGGACAAAUAAAUCAUGGGGUGGGACCACCGGUGUCCCAUUUUGCGCCCAGGCAUAAUCUAGGCGAUUACCCAGGGCGAUGCCCCUCUGUGACCACUUUAUCCGCUUCUUCCAUGGUGUCGAGUCAUGCAGAUACUGAGAAAUUCAUCCCACUGGGGGCCAAUGCAACAAGUGAAAUAGUGGACCUGGAACCGCCGGAGAGCUUGACCAAUAAUUCGGGCAUGGGCGCCAUUGUGCGUGCCAUGCAGCGUCCGGAUUCGAAUCUUGAGGUUCGGGAUCGAAUGUGGUUGAAGAUCAAAAUCUCGAAUGCCUUCAUCGGCUCAGACGUGGUGGAUUGGCUCUAUGAGCGGGUUCAGGGCUUCUCGGACCGCCGAGAGGCGCGCAAGUACGCCUCACAGAUGCUCAAAGCAGGAUUUAUCAAACACACUGUCAAUAAAACCAGCUUCAGUGAGCAAUGCUACUACACCUUUGGCGAGGAUGCCCAUCUGAACACGGGCAUGAGCAAUCUCUCGGUGAAAGACAGUCGGAGUGGCAGUGGAUCGGGCAUUGGAGCACCACCAGCCUAUUCCCUACCCCCGCCCCAAGGACCAGCACCGCCCAUUCCUACCGUGGGAAAUCCACCGGGUCCGCAGACCAAUUGGGGCGUACCCUUGUGGAGUGAUUGGCAAGGGGAUGAAGUGUCCAGUACCAACUACGGCCCCAUCUAUAACCCAAGUGCUCCCCCGCCCACGGCCAGUUACAUGCCGUUGCCUUAUGGAGUUCCCUCAGGGGGGAGUAGUGGACCCCCGGGGGCGUUUGGCUACAAUGCGCAACAACCAAGCGUGAUCAGCUCGGGUGGAAGUGGCUCUGGUUCGCAAAAGCUGAGAUUGGCCGGGAGUUGCUCGAGUAGCGAAAGCGAUGGGAGGACGUCGACCGUGGUCUCAUCAGAUGGGGGCUUUCGGGUAGCUUUGGCCAAACAAGAGCAGCAACAACAACAACAACAACAACUGCAGUCGGGUUUGAGUGGUCAAGGGGUCGUCCCCAGGGACGGGCCCACCGCCCCCGUAGGGCGUAUUGACUAUCCCAGUGGUCCUCAACCGCCUUCCUAUUUGGCCGCAAUAUCUAUUCAAAGAUAGAGAAGAAAUGCAAUGCUUACAAACAAGCCACUUUUCAAUUGGUCGUACUUCCUACUUGAACGCCUCCCAUACCCAACCGCACCCGCGUAUGCCUUACACGUUGACCAUAGGAUUUUUGAACAGUUUCCUAAUUUUCUAUGUCUUUAUUGUCACUAGAGAAGAACAACCGCAUCCACACACUUACACAUACACAGAUACACUCUUGGCGUAUUAACACAUGCCAAUAAAAUGUGCAACAUGAAACUGUCA